AUGGCCAGCGAUACCCCUUUGUUUGUCGCCCUGCAAGCCGUCUGCUAUUACCCCCGAAGCACCAUUUAUGAUUCCUGUCCACGGUACCUCUUUUACGCCUUGCUCCUCACUAGUUGCAUCACAAGAUGGACAGGGUGGCUGGUAGAUGUCUUCCUAGGGGCUGCGGUGGCAUACGCAGGAACAGCAGCCAUCCAGGCCUUUAUCCUGGUGUCGAAUCCCGCCAGUCGUCCAUCGCCAGGCGUCGUCAGCAUUCCCUGGAUAGCGUCGAAGAAUGAAACGAGCACUUUGUUGCAAAAUUUCCCGCAAUUGGUGACGGAUGCAGACGCGAUCGUUCUUGAGCCGGCAGCCCUCGAGCUAGAUGCGGAUGCUAUACUCGCUGUCGUGGUGACUGGGUAUCUAGUGUUUCUGCCCCUGCAAUGCUGGUCUCGCAUGUUGAGCCAUAACCGGGCACGAAUGAUCCUUUUCUCUCUGUGGAAUCUUCUAAUGCUAGCCGGUUCGAUUUGCGCAUUGGUGUAUUGGCCAAUUAUGCAGCGUACGCCGACCCAGUAUAUGUUUUGCUAUCCCGACCUGCCGCCAUUCGACACAACAUCCAGCGAUGGAUGGCAGAAGUCGUGGAGAACGUCAACAUGGAACGAAAGUGUAUGGAGCAUCUUCUCGAAUGACACCAAGUUCCAACAAUUAGGCGACCUUUGCUUCAAUCCGUGUUUCAAUACAAGUCAGAUCCUGCGGCAACAAACCUCCAUGCGUUCUUCAGUUAUAAGCGACAGUGAACUCCAAGACGAGUCAAGCCAUCACAGCCGCUUUUGGGACCAGGUCGUCUACUCAAAAGGAUACAUAUAUAGCUUGAUUGUCCUCUGCAUCAUCUUAAAUUGCCUUUUGCUGGCCUUCAAACUUCUGCCGUUGCGCUCGCGAAUCCGAUCUGCGCAGCCCAUCUCAAUAUGGACGGACAGAAAGCUGAUUUACCAAGGCCUGAAAGAAGACUUUUCGUUGGCGGUUACAGCAUCUAAACCACAUCAUGCCCAGGAUACCGAGAUGCCUGAUAGAAAAAUCAAGAAAAGAUGCAGCAUUCUAGCUCCCAUUCGACCCAUUCUGACAACCACGUGUCUGACUGCUUGGCUUCGUUUCCUAGCCGGGGUUGCUAUGCUUGUUGGACUCGUAUUCAGUAUCAUCAUCAGUCCCUUUACGGUCAUUGCGUUCAUUGUCUGGAUUGAAUGGUACAUUCACCACGAUGGAGCUUCGCAGGAGAACCCACAGCAGGUUGGACAGUGGGCGUACUUGGUUUCGAUCGGACUGCUGGUAAUAUCCGCAGCGAUUCUAAAGCUGAAAUAUCGAGUGGCGUCAAGGACAGAAAUGGAGCUUGAGCUCGAGAGUACGCGGAGACAUCUUGAGAAUUUGGAAAAAAUCAAGGCGUCAAAGUCCUAACUUGUAUGGUUCGACAGCCUUUAAAUGACGAGGGGAAUAUUCACGCAUAUAAUAAACGCCUUCAGCUCCUACACAUGGAUCGUUUUAGAAUGAUUUGGCCUUCUAUUCUAGAUGCGACGAAUAGAUAUCGAUCCCUAAUUUUAUCUUCAGAUUCAGCG